AUUCCAUCUUUUAUUAUCGUCAUUUGGGUUCUGAUAUCAAUUCACGAUGAAAUUCGUAAACAUAAUAAGAAGAAACAUUCAUAAGCCACAUUUUUAAAAAAACGUAAAUAUUUCAUAAAAAUCGAAAGAAUAGCUGAUAUCUUUGUAAUAAUGGUUACUAAUGAUACAAAAGGACAUAACGAUGCAAAUACAAAUCGUGAUGUUAAAAUACGUUCUUUAAACUGUGAACUAAAUCCUCUGACACGCACAGAUGGAUCAGCUCUCUUUGCUCAGGGUGGAACAUGUGUAAUGGCUUCGAUAUUGGGACCCGUGGAAGUAAAAUUACAAAAUUUAAAUAUUGACAAAGCCUAUGUCGAGUGCAUUUAUAGGCCAAAGGCCGGUUUACCCACGAUUAGGGAUAGAAUGCGUGAAACUGUUAUUAAAGAUACAUGCGAAGCGGCUUUGCUAUCAGCCAUGCAUCCCCGGACAAUGGUAUCAGUCCAAGUACAAGAGCUAGACGACAGAGGAGGCUUGGAUGCCUGCGCAAUUAAUGCCGCAUGUAUGGCUCUGCUGAUAGGCGGCAUACCCAUGAAAUUUACUGUGGCUGCAGUUUGCUGUAUUGUCGAUAAAAAUGGAGAGUUAAUAUUGGAUCCAGAUUAUGGACAGAUAAACGAUAGCCGUGCCAAUUUCACAUUUGUUUUCGAUUCCUUGGAACGAGAUCUUGUAACAGUCAAUAGCACCGGAUGUUUUAAAAUGGCACAAUUUAAUGAUGCCUACCUUAUGUGUCGUGCAGCCAGUGGAGUUAUAUUUGAUUUCUAUAGAAAAAUAAUGACUAAAUUCCACACCAAAACAAAUCCUACACCGACGUCGCCAAAAGAAGGCGAAGAGGCAAUGGAAGAUUAGAAUUGAAAAUAAAAAUAUAUUUCUUAUAUUCUAAAACAAAAACAACA